GUCCUCCAAAACACUGGCUUCAUCGUAAUACUCCUUUUUUGUACUUUCCGUCAGUUAUCACAAGAUACGCAGUUAGGAAACACGUGUUUCUCACUUCACUUCCCCAUUUCCUUCAAGUGAUGCAUUGUUGGAGGACUCUCCCACUCUCAGGGGCGGCGUGAAGGCCAACAGCUUCGAUGUCAAGGACCUGUUGAUUUACGUCGACAAGCCAAGUAGCAAUGAGUCGAUGUAUAAUUGUGCUAUUCUGUAUCAUGUGUAUUCAUCAAGUGUGCUGUAGUGAGGUACGUAUUACAGCUUUCCUUGGCCAAUCAGUAGUCCUAAAAUCUGGAGCAGACAGAUCUUGGAACCUCAGUAAAGUUCAAUGGUCCAUUUAUCAGAACACAACAUACAUUGCAAGUCUGAAGGAUGGCAUAGUGACUAUAUUCAAGUUUUGGAGACAUCAGGGUCGACUUGACCUCAACUCCACAACGGGAGAUUUAACAAUCAAACAUGUGAAUAUGGACGACAGCAUGAUAUACACUGUGGCCCUGGUCAACUCAGAUGAUACUAGGCGAAACGUUAAAGUUCAUCUCAUAGUCCAAGAAAAACUCAAGAAACCAGCAAUCCAGAAAAUGUUAGAUUCCCACAAAGACGGCCAAUGCCAUGUGGCCCUUAAUUGCACUGCAUUUGGCCAAAAUGUGAAUCUGUCCUGCACACCUGAUGGCGAGUUCAGUGGAUCGUAUAUUUCUGGAAAUGCUGUCGACUCUUCGUUGGUUCUUUUCAUGUCAUUCAGUGGCAACGGAAAUGUUACACUCAACUGCACUGCCUCCAGUGGUCAACAGACAGAGACCGAACAAAUGACAGUGGGAUGUUCAGAGGAGAAGCAGGGGUGUGAAGUCUGCACCAUUUGCAGUUCGUGCAGUUCAUGUGCUUCGUCUGUGACAUGGGCUGUGGUUUUGGUUAUAGCUGGGGUUUUUGCUUUAGCAUGUGCAUAUAAACAUAGAGAUAGCAUUAAAGAUGCCUUCACUGCCUUCCUCAGUUUCAUCCGGAGUCUAUGUCCUGAAUCCUGUGGUGAUGAAGGCAAAAUGAGCCAUGACCAAACGGGACAGGACACGAAGACGGACAAACAAACUUCUUUUGCAUAAGAUUCAACUAAACAGUGACCAGCAUGCUAAUUCAUAGAAAGGAGCAGAUUUGACAUUGUGUUCCACAAGAAAAUAGUUAUAGAGAGCAUCAUGAAGCAGAUGCUCCAGUUUCAGCAAAUGAUGUACGGAAGUCGUGACUGUUGGUUUGACCUCAUUGGAUUCUGUGAGUGAAAUGCACUGCUGUGAACGCUGAUUUCUGUACUUUAGACAACCUUUUCACCCACGGUAAUUAUGAAACUAUCAAAGAUAAAAUGGAUAUCUUCAAAAUCCAUUUGACACAAAUAUCUGAAGGCUUGUGCUCAUUCAGUUUAAAUGGACGUGAUGCUUCUGGUACUAUUGCCUUUCUGUCUUUACUUGAAAUAAACAAAAUAAAAAACUUUUUUAUUUAA